UUGUCCAAGACACAAGACCGAACACAAGAAGGAUGCUGCGAUUCAUUGCUCUUACAUGCGUUGUUGCCUGCGUUUUCGCAGACUUCUACCCCAAGUCUGGUGGAUGUGGACCGUAUGGUUGUACCUACGGUUUCCAAUCACAGGGUCCAUAUAGUAACUUUGGAGGACUUGUGAGCACUGGUAGCACUGGGUUGAGUACUGGAGGCUUCAACACUGGAUUGUUCGGUCUUGGUGGUGGAUCAGCUGCCGCUAGCGCUGCCGCUGCUGCUGGAGAUGCUGCUGCUUCCUCUGCUGCCGCUGCUGCAGGUGGAAAUGCUGCCGCCUCUUCCGCUGCCGCUGCUGGUGGACUAGGUUGGAACCAAUACUACAAUCAAUACGGUUAUUAUCCAGGGCAAUACAACUACUAUCCUGGAACCUAUAACUUCCUUUCUGGAUACAACUUUUACCCAGGACAAUACUACUCCAGCUAUUAUCCUACACAGUUCCCAUACUACGGAAUCGGAGGUGGUUCUGCUGCCGCUGCUGCAAGUGCAUCAGCUGCCGGACAAAGUGCCGCCGCUUCUGCUGCUGCCGCUGCUAGUCAGAUAAAUGCCGCUGCCUCUGCCGCCGCUGCCGCUUCCUCAGGAUUCAACGGCUUCAAUGGAGUCGGCAACGGAAUCGUUGUUGGUGGUGGUUACGGAGUCCGAAGACCCAGAAAGGUUUACUAAAUAAAUGGGAACGACCAGAAGAUUGUGUAUGGGACUGAAUGAUUGUGAUUUUUUUUAUACAUUAAAUACUUUAUUUAUGCAGCAUAUAUAAA